GCAAAACUCCUGAUGGCUUGGGACAGAAAGAGCAGAGGAAACCCCUAUGGAAAUACCUUUGUGACACAGACACACUUGUUCUUCCCACCUCUGCAGUUAGAGAUGUACCUGGAAGGUAGUCAUAGCUCAAAGAUGAGUAUGUGUGAAGUCACCAGGAAACCUUCAAGGGUCAAUAUACUGGUGUCAAAAUAAUCAGUUCUGGCUUUCAUGUGCAAUAACCCUCUUUGAAAAGAAAAAGCUUGGUGUGUGAAUGAACUCCUCUGGGACUGGUUCAAGGAUUGUUCUCAGGACUGAACCGAUUCCCAAGGCUUGAAAUGGUAAUGGAUAUUUCCCCUGUAACAUGGUGCACCAGGAUCCCACCAGGCUGUAACUUCAGCCCUCAAGUCUUUGCUUGAAGCCACAGUAACAGAGUUUCCCAAAGUGAAGGUGGUUCUGCCAUGGGCUGUGAGGGAGCCAAGCAGAGGGAAGGAGCCAUCCCACCAGGAAGUCUUUCUUCUUGCACGACCCUUGUUCCCAGGUGCUUAAUAAUGCCAAGGAAGAGAUGAGUUACCAUGGCCUAGGGCAAGGACAGUUCUGGCAGACAGUUGUUUUCUUUGAAGGUUUUAUUAUUUGAGGGGGAGAUGGAGACAGAGAGAAAGAGAAGAUGUUUCUUUGUGCGUGCCAUUCUUUAGGAGUGUCCCUACAAAGGGAGUGGUGGGUACAGAUGGCUCCUUUCAGGCAGAAGGGUGGUCUUGGCGGGUUUCUUGUUUGGAAGCACCAAACCUGCAGAGAUGCAGUUGGUCAGUGGCCCACAGGAAGAUGCAUGGAAGGUACAUAAAAGAUGCCAUUAGGCACUGCCAGUCCCCUUCCAGCUCUCCCAGCUGGGCACAGCCAGGGAGGACUGGGAUCUGGUCUUCCUCCAAGAGCAGGAAUAUCUCUUUGUGCAGCACUGAAGGCAAUGGGGCCCAGUUAUUUUAAAUAGUGAUGCAAAUAAAAGCAGCAGCAUUUUUACAGCUUUGCUUUUCCACAAAACACGGUUCAACCACUGGUGAUGCUUUUUCUAAGACUUUCAGAAGACUUUACUUCAUUUUUCUCCUGAGGACAGCACUUUACCUGAUUACUCCACUCCAGGACAUGCCAUUAUCUCAUAGCCUGUGCAUGCUCUGCACAUCCUUUCCAGUCUGUACAGGACUGUGAUAAGCUGCUGAGCUGAUAAGGGAGCAGGUCGGCAUCCGUCCUGUAAAACCCAACCUGAGAAGUUCAGCUUUCCACCACGUAACCAUCAGACACCACAGUGCAACUGCAAUUCAUUUGGUGAAGUUCUGCUGACACGUGAUGCCCUGUCAGCUCUCUAAAGUGGAAUUUGUAGCCAUUGCCUCAACACCUAUCUCUGGAAAAAGGAAAUUAAUCUCCAUCUGUGGAGACCUGACACUGACCUGAGACACAGCUGUGGCUUUUGUUCCUAGACCUCACCUACUUUUUCCAAGUGUGGGAGCUGGUAUUUUCAGCUGUGAGCUUGUUUUCUGAUGGCCUUACAUGGUUGUGUGACAGUGCCCUCCACGUAAAGUGGAGAGCUGGACUUUCAGAGCUGACUGAGACCCUGACGGGUUCCUCCCUGAAACCUGAGUGACACUCAGGCCGUAGAUAAGGAAAAUGCCAAAUUCCAUGCUACAGGUCCCCGGCCAGGGAAGAAUGCUGAUGCUGUAUCCUGCAAGUGCAGCAUGAGGCCACCUGCUCUUUCCCUGGUGGGGAGCAGCCCCCAUAACACAGGGUAGACCCAGAAAACCAGGGAUUUAUUCCCAGCCCGGCAAGCUUGGUGCUGCCCUAGACUUGCUGCACGCUCUGCUUGGAGAGUUUGGUUCCAUGGCAUUCGCGUCAGUGCCAUCUCCUAGCGACAGGGACGCAAGCCGCUGAGCCAGGGGAUUCCCUGCCAGGCUGGGGCUGGAUGGCAGCACCCGGCAGCGUCUCGGCUGCUUUUCAGGAGUACCUGCGGCACCUGGGGCUGCAGGACUUCCCCUGCGGCCUCGGCAGCUGGGUAAGGGUCUGGGGGGGCACAGCCAUGGGGUAUGGCACGGGGCUGCCACUGCCUCUCCUCUCUCCCUGUCCGCAGAACAAAUCCUGCCUCAAUGCAGAGCCAGCAGGGCUGGAGGAGACCGUGCUGCCGGGAGAGGAGACCCCCGAGGUGCUGCUGGAGCUGCUGAGAGACCAGCACAGCCCCUGGGCCCUGCCCCACGACUGCAGCCCCCAGGACCGGCUCCUGCGGGAAGUGGCCGUGCUGGCACCUGAGCUCCUCCGCAGCUCCAGAGUCUUCCAGGUUGUCAAGUCCCUGCGGAUACUCGACAAGGGAGUAAGUGCAGCUGCUGGUGCCCAUAAAGCUGUAGGCCAGGAAACUGUGUCUUCCUGCUGUGAGGGAAAACAUCCUGGAAGAAUGACACCUUCCUCUCCUAGGGUCUUCCCAGGUGUUGCAGCUGGAACACCACAGCCUCCUCAAGACAUUGUGCUAAUCUGUGUUACAUGGAUGUCACGUGGAUCAACGAGUGCCACAAGGUGCCUCAGGGACACAUUGGCCAAACCUAGCUCUUUGCAGGUGGAGGAGGUGGAUGAGGGUGUGCUGCGCUUCCAGCAGCUGGAGGAGCUCAUUCUCAGUGCCAACCGCAUCAGCAAAGUAACCUCGGCCCACCUGCCCCGGGCUCUGAAGGUCCUGGAGCUCUGCUGCAACGCUGUGCAUGAUCUGCAGGACCUGUGUGCUCGGCCACCCCCGGAGCUCCAGCACCUGGGGCUGGGGUACAACCGGCUGUGUGGCCCUUCCCAGGAAAAGCACUUCACUGUGGAUUUCUGGCCAAACCUCAUCUCCCUUGACCUGAGCUUUAACAGCCUCACGGACCUGCAGGGGCUGGUCUCCCAGCUGUCCACUCUGCAGAAUCUCCGCAUCCUGGUGCUCCAAGGGAACCCACUGGCUCUCAUCCCCAGUUACAGAGGCUUCCUCGUGGACAGCCUGCCCAAGCUGUCCAUCCUUGAUGACAUCCACAUACGGCCUGAUGAGAGGCAGCAAUUCCAUGGUCUGGCGAGGCAGCCAGAGCUGAUCAGGAAUGAAGGACGAGUGGUUGUGAGCAUUGGGGAGAUGAAGGGACUCCCCGAUCCCAAAGCUUUUCAGCAGCUGAAGGUUGGCUCUGAGGGUCCAAUAAUCACCUACAGCUACCGUGUGACCUACGAGUUUGCAGAGAGAGAGGAGCUUGAGGACAGGGGCAGCCCUGAGGUAACGCAAAUUUACCAGAGUCCCACGGUGGCCACACUGGAUGUGGACAGCUCUGCUCAGGACACAGGAGAAGCAAAGAGCCAUCAGGAGUCUGCAGCCACAGAGGAGCCCAAGGCCCACUCUGCAAAGGUGUUUGCCACCCCUGGACAGCCCUGGGCAGACACAAUCGACUUCAGCUACAGGAAGGAACACGUUGCCAAGGACUUGGUGGGGCUGAAGUCCUACCUGGAGGCUGGAACCAUUGUCUCUGUUGUGGAGGAGAAGGUGCUCUCAUGGCCUGUGGAUGCUGAUGCAGAAGAAAACGCUGCCACAAAUAAGAAGGAAGGACAGGAGCUGAAGAAGGACAGUGCAAAGGACAAGCAGAAAAAGAAGAAGCAGCCAUGUGAAUUCCGCAGUGACCCUCCUAUUCGGAGCAUUCUGGGCACAAGGAGGGUGACCUUGAAGACCCUGCUGGCCACCGAGAACAUGGUGGCAGCUGUGUGUGAGUUUGGGAUCCUGAUCCCUCAGAAACCACCAGAACCUCCAGCUGUGGAGGAGAAGGAGGUGAAAAAAGGCACAGACAAGAGCAAAACACCCAAAGCAGUGAAAGGAGCUCAGGCCAGCCGGAAAACCGCGACGUCUCCCAAAGGAAAAGGAAAAAACAAAGACACCGCUGAAGUGGCGGAGGGUCAAGAGCUCCAGCCCGUACUGCUGACGGUUCAGUUCCAGAUGCAGCUGCUUCGGUGGCCCUUGGCAGCCAGCACCCAGAGCCAGGAGAAUGUGGCCGUGGCAGUGGGAAACACUCAGUGAUGUGUCCGUAGCAGAAGCGUGAGUGGAAAUAAACCGCACGGGAACGCUGCGUGGAGCCUGAUUUAGCCGAAUCGCCAAAGCUGGGAGAUGCCCUGGGACUCCUCGUGGUCUGGGGCUGGUGCUGAGCUUCUGCAGGAGCUGGAGCGGGCAGGGGGUGUUG